GAUAAGAGAUCAUAUUGUUUGGAUAGGAGAACCAAAGAUUUUAUCAUAUCCAUAUAUUUCCCCUUUGAAAUUAAUAAAUCUUAUCAUUCUCGUUCCAAUUCACACGAGGCCAUUUUAUUUCAUUAGGAAUAUUAAUUUUAACAUUUUAACAUUUAUGCAAAAAAUAAGCAAAGAAGUAUCACUAUCACCUGCAAGUUAUGGUCUUCUUUUUUUUCAAAAUAGGGAAAAUUAUAUUAAUAAUAGCCUGUAAAAGAGGUGCUUGGUAUGGGCAUCCGUUUUAGAUUAUACUAGUAAAUUUUAAAAUUAUCGAUUACGAAUUAUGUGGGAAAAAAAAUAUUACAAAUUCUGUUUUUACAGUAAUUACAAUUGUAAAAUAAAAUUUUAAUGAGAUUAGUAUUUGAAAGAGAAAGGAAAAAAAUCACCAAAUAGGGUACGGAGUAAUAUUUUAACAAAGCACCAAACAUUCCCCUGUGGGCAGACACCCCACUGUUGGCUGUUGCUUCAACGUCCAGCCUCCAUCUCCCGUUUUCUGCAAGUGCACUGAACUCCGCCAACGUCUGAUCGAGCUCUGAAUUCGAAACUGGGGCGCUGCGCGUAAUCAGAGCAACAGAUAGCAACCAUGGAUGGUAGGUGAAACCUGACAUACCCGUUUUCUGCAAGUGCACUGAACUCCGCCAACGUCUGAUCGAGCUCUGAAUUCGAAACUGGGGCGCUGCGCGUAAUCAGAGCAACAGAUAGCAACCAUGGAUGUUGAUUCACAACCAAUGAUGGAGGAAACUAUUUUGGUCGGUGAUGAUCUUAUGAUGGGACCACCAUCACCACUCAUUCCGCCAGAGAUUGCCUCUCAUGUAUUAGAAGAUGUUGACUUAUGUGAUGGGGUAUUGAGGAACUUUUUUCUAUGCUUGCAAAUCAAUGAUAUUGAGCCAUUUUGUCAAGAUGAGAUUGUUGUAUAUAAGCAAUGCGCGGAGAAAAGGGAUAAGGAACUAAGGCAACAGCUUCAAGAUAGCGAACACAAAUUGGGGUUAUCUAUGCCUUUUGAAGAAGCAAAGGAACGAGCUGUUCAGCUUGAGUCAGAAGUCACGUCAUUGGAUAGGCGGUUAAUUCUGGCUAGUGGAAUUGAAGGCAGGGAAGGAUUUCGACAGCGAUGGAGUUUACAUGGGCGCCUCACAGAUACCAAGAGAAGGUUAGAGGCCUUGAAGCAGGGAAUAGAGAAGAGAAAAAAGGAUGAGCCAGUCGGAGGUUCUACGACAAAAGGAUGGUUCUUUUGGUGAGACUUAAUGCAGCGAUCUUGUGGAUUACUCUGCAGGUAUCUGCUCCUGUGAUAGUGGUGAAAGUAAGAGCUUCUAGAUCAUCGCCAAAUAUUCUCUUGUGCUAAGUUCUGGUAAAACCUUGUGGUGGUGUACCGAACUGAAGCAGCAAUGCGUAUUAAAUAGUCCGAACAAGAGGCUUAGAUUGUAGUAGCAAAUUAUCUACUAUUUAGUGUGGACUCUCCUCAUUUGUCAACCAUUGUUGGAACUUGGAAGUAAGAAGAUUUCAUUUGUUUUCAUGUAGUUAUGUUAUUACUUCUUUACUUUUAUGGAUAUUGUAGGUUAUAGUU